AUGUCUCCAAUAGAAAAUUGGGAAAAAUACGAUAAACAAGCUGAAGAUAAAGAAGAGGAGAAAAUUGUUGCACUUGAUGAAGGUGAUAUUGCACUUCUUAAAACCUAUGGUCAAGGUCCAUAUGCAAAAGAAUUGAAAAAAAUAGAUUCUGAUAUAAAAGAUGUACAGAAACGAAUAAAUGAAAAGAUUGGUGUUAAGGAAUCAGAUACUGCUGGUGAGGGUGAAGAAGCAAAAUAUAUUAUAAAUGUAAAGCAAAUUGCAAAAUUUGUAGUGGCAUUAGGUGAGCGUGUUUCUCCAACUGAUAUUGAAGAAGGAAUGCGUGUUGGCGUUGAUCGUAAUAAAUAUCAGAUACAGAUACCAUUGCCACCAAAAAUUGAUCCUUCAGUAACAAUGAUGCAAGUUGAAGAAAAGCCUGAUGUUACAUAUAGUGAUGUUGGUGGUUGUAAAGAACAGAUUGAAAAACUUAGAGAAGUAGUGGAAUUACCAUUAUUACAGCCAGAGCGAUUUGUAAAUUUAGGUAUUGAUCCUCCUAAAGGUGUAUUGUUAUAUGGUCCUCCUGGUACUGGCAAGACUUUAUGUGCGCGUGCUGUGGCAAAUAGAACUGAUGCAACAUUUAUUAGAGUUAUUGGUUCUGAACUUGUACAAAAAUAUGUUGGAGAAGGUGCAAGAAUGGUUCGUGAGCUGUUUGAAAUGGCAAGAACUAAGAAGGCUUGUAUUAUAUUUUUUGAUGAAAUUGAUGCUAUUGGAGGUGCACGUUAUGAUGAUGGAGCUGGAGGUGACAAUGAAGUACAAAGAACCAUGUUGGAAUUAAUAAACCAAUUGGAUGGUUUUGAUCCACGUGGAAAUAUAAAAAUUUUGAUGGCUACAAAUAGACCUGAUACACUAGAUCCUGCACUUUUACGUCCAGGUCGUCUAGACCGUAAAGGUCGUACACAUAUUUUAAAGAUUCAUGCAAAAAGCAUGUCUGUAGAACGUGAUAUUCGUUAUGAACUUAUAGCUAGACUUUGUCCAAAUAGCACCGGUGCUGAAUUAAGAAGUGUAUGUACAGAAGCAGGAAUGUUUGCUAUUCGUUCCAGAAGAAAGGUUGCAUCAGAAAAGGAUUUCUUGGAAUCUGUUAAUAAAGUUAUUAAGUCUUAUGCAAAAUUCUCUUCUACCCCAAGGCAAGGAUUCAUCAGAAUGGAAAUUUCUAAAUCACAAAGAUCCUAUUUUAUCAAAUAUCAAGAAGGAGUUAAGGUAUUCAAAAAAGAAUAUCGUAAAUGCACCAAGGAGUUGAACAAUAUGAUGAAGAGAUUAGAUGAAUUGAGAAAAAAGAAAGUGAUUAAUUGUUAUGAAAGUGAAGUAGAUGAUUUAGAAAAAGAAAAACAGGAACUCAAUAGAAGAAGAAAUUUGAGAUCAAAAAUACCAAAAGAGAAAAAUGAAAAUAAUAUACUUAACAAAACAGAAAUAGAAAGUGAAAAAUAUGCUAGCCAUGAAAAGAUGUUUUCAAUAUCAGGAGUGAACACCAGGAAAAGAAUUGAAACUGCUGCAUAUUAUGGUGCUAAUCAGCAAAUAAAUUGGAAGUCUUUUGUUAAAUUCCCAUCUGAAAUCGCUCAUAUACAUCAAGCAGCUCUUUUCACUUUCAGUGAUGCUUCUGCCAAUACUGAAGAUGUUAUUUCAGAGUCAGAGGCAUCGCAACAUAGUAGCUUAUAUUAUGAUAAUGUGUAUCCACUUAGAAUUGGAAUAUUUGACCUUAGACAUUAUAUAGUCAGAACAAGUAAAAAAAGGCUUGAAACCAAAGUUAAAUCUGGAAAAUGGAUUCCACAAGAAACUGAAAUGCCAUUUAAUUUUAAGAUUGAGGGUGUGGAACCUAGAAAAAGAGAAGGCGGAAUGUUGGUUAAUUUUACAUUUUCGGUUGAUCCUGCACGAAAAUCCGAAGCAUUAAAUGAAAUCUAUAAGAAUGUUGAAGCUUAUAUAUCGGCUAAAAACAUUAUACCGUGGUUUAAUCUUAAACCGCUCGAAGUUUAUAUGGUUAAAGGCGAACCUUUUAUUGAAGAUUUGGCCAAUAGAUUUCCCGCAAGUCGACUUCAUGUUGAAUUUCAAGGACCAGAUGUUUCGAUCGAAACUUUGUAUCAAAUAUUUCGACCAUAUGGAUUAAUUCGUGAUAUAAUCCUACCGCAACCAUCUUCAAAAGAUGCCCCUCGAUUUGCUUUGAUACAAUUCUCCAAAAUGAGAUCUGCUACAAGCGCUAGAAAUUGUGUUCACGGUUUAAUUACAGAUGGCACGAGACUAAAUAUUGUCUAUGAUAAAACAUUGAAAUCAAAUAUGAUAUAUAGCUGGAUGAUUGCACAUCCAAGAACUUCGAUACCAUUAAUAGCAGCUGCUAUUGCUGGUAUUACUUACACAAUCUUUGAUCCGAUUCGAACCUUUUUUAUAACUUCAAAAAUCACACAACGAUUCAACCCUCAAGAAUAUCGUAUUUAUCAAUGGCUUAGACGUGAAACUAUUGACAGAUUAUUAACUUACCGUAAUAAAAAUGAAGAUAAUUCAUUAUCUUAUCUUAGUAAUUGGGUUGAAAGAGAACAAGAAGAAAUAAAAUUAAAUAUUUGGUUGAAAGAACCACCAGCUUUAAAAAAUAAAAGAAAUAAACUUUUUAUAAAGUGUGAUGAAAUUCAAAAUUCUCGUGAUGAAAGUGAACUUGUAUUAAAAUUGGCAAAACAAGUUGGUUAUUUCCCUGUAUUUAGUACAUUGGUAUCCAUGUCAAAUUUAAUUGAUGGAUUGGCAAGUGCAACGAUUGGUCAAAAGACCGGAUUUUCUUCAACGACUGAUUCUGAAAUCAAAAAGAUUCUCGAUGCAUUGGCAAUUGCUUUACAUGAUGUAGCACCUGAAAAGUUAAGGAAAAGUACUCGUUAUAAUCAAAAAAAGAAGCAUGAUUUUAUCACGACAUCAAUUGUUGAAUCUUAUGAUCCAGCCGAUAUUCCAAUUGUUGUGAUUGAUGAUUAUAUGAUUAAAGAUAAGGAAAAUCAUGAACUUUGGGAUCAUUUGGCUAAAUUAGCUGCAAUCCUUGUAGAAAAUAGAGUUGCUCAUGUGGUUUUCGUUGGUUCAAACGUUGGUAUUGUAAAGCAUUUAAAUAAAGCACUUCCAAACAAAACAUUUAAUUUUGUUAAUCUUUCUGAUGCGCCAUAUGAACGAGCCAUUAGUUUGGUAAAGAGUCACGUACCUGAUAAAGAAGAUAAAGGACUUGAUGGGGCUGUAAAUGCACUUGGUGGCCGUUUAACUGAUUUGAAAUUAUUUAUUAAUAAAAUAAGUAGUGGUCAAAGUUCUCAAGAUGCCAAAACUAUUCCUUGGAGUGGUAUACAAUUUUGGAAAAUAGUGAAAGAUUUGGCUAAAGGAGAACCUGUACCAUAUGAUAAAAUUAAAUAUUCAUCAAUAUUUAAAGGUGAUGAUACCUCAAUAAGGGCUAUGGAACAAGCCGAAUUGAUUUCAGUUUCACAAUUAGAUGGACGACCUGAUUUUAUAAGAUUAGGAAAGCCACUUUAUCAAGUAGCUUUUCAACAAAUCAUAUCCGACAAAUUAUUUGCAGCAACAAUGGAACUUCAAACAUAUAAAUAUCUUUUUGAAUUUGAAACAGAUAAAAUUAAAAAAUAUGAACAAGAGCUUGAAAGUUUGGGACAAUUAUUUGUUAAACAAGAAGGAAAAUGGUUGUUUGGUAGUGGUCGCGUUCCUGCUAUUGUUGAUCAACGAGUUAAAUUUCUAUUGGAAUUGGUACAAAAAAGUCAUGUUCGUACUGUUGAUUAUGAAAAAAAUAUUGAAGAAUUGAAAAAAUUUAUUGCUUCUGGUGGAACUUCGUAA